GGCUCACAUGUUAAGACCCCCUUAAGUUGGAGGAGGCAGAAAGGCAACUACAGCGAGGAAAAAGAAGUCAAGACCUUCUGGAAAGAAUUACACAGUCCUGGCUUCGAGCAGCCCAUUGAACCAGGGACUUGAACCAGCCCCAGCCAAAGACUUUUUUCCCCCUGAUUCUGCGCUUCCUGGGUUCUGCUAAGUCUUCACCGGACUUUUUUAUUUUAUUUUUAUUUUUUUAAUUAUUCGAAAAGGAGACUUUCCGUUAACAGGGGUAGGGGGACUGGAGCAAAAAUAUAAUUUAUUUUAAAGCACAGAUUUUUUUUUCUUUUUGGUAAGAAUUAGAAGAUUGAAAUGCAAAGAAAAUAAUAAAGAGACUAUUAGUAAAAUUUCCACUUAAAGUGGGGAGAACCAAUCAUUUUAAAGACUCCCCCAUCCUUUUUAAAUGUUGUUUUUAAAUUUCUUAUUUUUUUUGGCCGGUCGUCUCAAAUUCAUCUGAUCUCUUAUUACCUCAAUUUUGGAAACGGCACACCACCGACCCUCCGGGACCACACAGACAGGCUGAGGACGAAUUUAUGACCAAGAGUUGAACAAGAUGCAUUGUGAGAGGUUUCUAUGUAUCCUGAGAAUAAUUGGAACCACACUCUUUGGAGUCUCUCUCCUUCUUGGAAUCACAGCUGCUUAUAUUGUUGGCUACCAGUUUAUCCAAACGGAUAAUUACUAUUUCUCUUUUGGACUGUAUGGUGCCUUUUUAGCAUCACACCUCAUCAUUCAAAGCCUGUUUGCCUUUUUGGAGCACCGAAAAAUGAAAAAAUCCCUUGAAACCCCUAUUAAGUUGAACAAAACAGUUGCUCUUUGCAUCGCUGCAUAUCAAGAAGAUCCAGACUACUUAAGGAAAUGUUUGCAGUCUGUGAAAAGGCUCACCUACCCUGGGAUUAAAGUCGUCAUGGUCAUAGAUGGGAAUUCAGAAGAUGAUCUUUACAUGAUGAAUAUCUUCAGUGAAAUCAUGGGCAGGGACAGAUCAGCCACUUACAUCUGGAAGAAUAACUUCCACGAAAAGGGUCCCGGUGAGACGGAUGAGUCACAUAAAGAAAGCUCACAACACGUAACCCAAUUGGUCUUGUCCAACAAAAGUAUAUGCAUCAUGCAAAAAUGGGGUGGAAAAAGAGAAGUCAUGUACACAGCCUUCAGAGCACUGGGACGAAGCGUGGAUUAUGUACAGGUUUGUGAUUCAGAUACCAUGCUUGACCCUGCUUCAUCUGUGGAGAUGGUGAAAGUUUUAGAAGAAGACCCCAUGGUUGGAGGUGUUGGGGGAGAUGUCCAGAUUUUGAACAAGUACGAUUCCUGGAUCUCUUUCCUCAGCAGUGUGAGAUACUGGAUGGCUUUUAAUAUAGAAAGAGCCUGUCAGUCUUAUUUUGGGUGUGUCCAGUGCAUUAGCGGACCUCUGGGAAUGUACAGGAACUCCUUGCUGCAUGAGUUUGUGGAAGACUGGUACAAUCAGGAAUUUAUGGGCAGCCAAUGCAGUUUUGGAGAUGACAGGCAUCUAACGAACAGAGUGUUGAGUCUGGGCUAUGCAACAAAAUACACAGCUCGAUCCAAGUGCCUUACCGAAACACCGAUAGAGUAUCUCAGAUGGUUAAACCAGCAGACCCGUUGGAGCAAGUCCUACUUCCGAGAAUGGCUGUACAAUGCAAUGUGGUUUCAUAAACAUCACUUAUGGAUGACCUAUGAAGCGGUUAUCACUGGAUUCUUUCCUUUCUUUCUCAUUGCCACAGUUAUCCAACUCUUUUACCGGGGUAAAAUUUGGAACAUCCUCCUCUUUUUAUUAACCGUCCAGCUAGUAGGUCUCAUAAAAUCAUCUUUUGCCAGCUGCCUUAGAGGAAAUAUAGUCAUGGUCUUUAUGUCUCUCUACUCAGUGCUAUACAUGUCAAGUUUACUUCCGGCCAAGAUGUUUGCAAUUGCAACCAUAAACAAAGCUGGGUGGGGCACAUCUGGAAGGAAAACCAUUGUUGUUAAUUUCAUAGGACUCAUUCCAGUCUCAGUUUGGUUUACAAUCCUCCUGGGUGGCGUGAUUUUCACCAUUUAUAAGGAAUCUAAAAAGCCAUUUUCAGAAUCCAAACAGACGGUUCUGAUUGUUGGAUCAUUGCUCUAUGCAUGCUAUUGGGUCAUGCUUUUGACGCUGUAUGUGGUUCUCAUCAAUAAGUGUGGCAGGCGGAAGAAGGGACAACAGUAUGACAUGGUGCUUGACGUAUGAUCUUACGUUGCUCGAUGUUUGCAGUCACACAUGCAGACACACACAACACCUUUGUUCCUCUAAAGGCUGUACAGUACUGUGGCAUCCAAUAGUGCCACCCAAGGAGAUAUAUCACUGCUGCUGGGACUUGAACAGACACUUCUAUGGGUUUAUUUGAUUCUGCCAAAGUAAAAUGAUACAUCAACAGGAUGAAACUCAGAUUUAACCCAUUUUUCUUUUUUCUAUGAAAAUGGGAUGAAUUCUUUGUGCACUUUUUUCUUACUGUGCAUCCGCCUGACAGUGUUUUGCCCUAUAUACCUCACUAGCCAUGCUUUAUGUGGGUUAUCAUGGAAGAAAAGGAUUUUGGAAACUCAAGGAAAUGUUCUUUCAACGUACGUAUACGACCUAACUUAUGGAUUGUUUUGAUAGCUAACGUUUUUAGGAAGGAUACUCUCUUUAACUCUACCAAAUGAAAUGCCAAAGGAAAAUUUAAAGGCCGUUGGCUGUGCUGUAUUUUGAUAUACUUGUACUGUUUUUAAAUUUUGUAUGCCAAUUUUUAAAACAAAUUUUCAUUUUCUAUAUUUCACUUCUCUGCCAAAACACACUUGUUCCCCCCUCUUUUUUUUUUUUAAUAAAAGAGAUUUUAAAAAAUUCAUACAUAAAAAAACUUACCCAAAAUGUGAAGCUUGCUUGACUGAUGUUCAUGAUAGAAAGAAUUAAAUGUAUCUCUCUCUCUUUCUCUACCUUUUAAGAUGAGAUAGUUUAUUUCUGUGAAGAAGGAUUUAAACUUUCCAUAUUUUAACUUUUUGUCUUCAUUUCUUCUAGAAAAGGCCGACAUACCUGUCACACUUUGGGAAUAAAAAUACAUACUGAUGUGUGUACAAAAAGAAAUUGAAAAUCAAGGCCAAAGGGGUAGAAAAGUGCAAUUUUUUCAUAAGAUUAAACAAAAGGGAAUGCUAGUCCUUGAAAGAGAACACUAGGCAUCCAGCACUGGAUGAAACGUGAUUAUCAAAGAUAAAUCAUCCUGGGAGAUUCUGACAGUGUUUUCCCAGGCCAAGUAAAAUGGAAAGUGGAAAAAUUAUCUGUAUAAUCUAGGCAAAUACAAUGCAGUGUAUUAAAGGUUUUGUUCUGUGGUCUGAAUUUACCAGGUUUUAUCUAUACAUUAAACAUAUUUCACCUUUUGUUGGUUUGUUUGUUUUCAGUUUGCCAGUUCACCUUAGAUGUUAGUAUGAUGUUUACAUGGGUGAAUGGGAUAAAUUAUAAUAAAUAUAAAACCUACAGAUCCAAAAUUGGCAGACUCAAACUCCAAGUGUCCUCUGUACUUUCUAUGGAGGAUUUAUCAUUAUUAUUAUUAUUAUUAUUAAUUAUACAGAUAAUUACUUCACUGCUUAUUUUCUUGGCCUACAUAAAAUUGUCUACACAGUAGAAGUGAUAUCAAGGUUUAAUGAGUAUAUCAAGAAUUGGCACAUAUAAAAAUUAAUGAACCAGGUACUCUGAACUCCACUAAUUUGGUUUCCACAGGGCUUCAAUCAUUCAGUUUGUCUUUACAAGGUCACUCUAGCCUUGUCAGUUGUUGCUGUGUAGACCUGUGUUAAAAAACACAACCAAAAUACGUGAAAAGUUGAAUAGAAAACGUCACGGUGAAGCAGAGACAUGUGGACAAGUGUUAAAUAAUGCUUCCUGACUUUCUGCUUCCUUUUAAUGCAGACAUCUAUUAAUAAUGUUACAUCAACUCUGCCUAAGAAAAAGCUGCACAUUCUACCUUCAGAGUACAAAACGUUCCCCAACAUUCUAAAACUCGGACUCUCACUGAUUGGAGAGUUUAUGGGAAACAAACACACCAUGCCAAUAAAUGAAACUAAAACUUGAGUUUGCCUUUGUAACUAUUUAUGUUCUAAGUUAAGCUUUGAUAACAUUCAAAUGUCAAAUUCUUUCAUUCUUAUAAAAAGUUGAAUUAAUUGCCUGUAUUUAUUUUAGCAAUUAUUCAAUGUAUUUCCAG